GUAAAACCAUAAUAAACUGCAAGGUCGCGCUAUGUAGUGGGGGCACAUAGUCACACUAUGAUUUACGAUUGCACUACCUUUUCAGUUGACUGAGGAGUGCAGGGCUCGUCUCGUUAAUAGCCUCUUAAGAAGAUAACAAAUAUAGUACAUAUUGUUGUUGUCAGCAGCAACAAAAAUAAUAGCACAGAAACGUUUAGUGAUGUAACAACUGUACUCUAUGCCAGUCGAAUGUUUGUUCAGCUGAUGCGUUAUAACUGUUUGUUAUUUGAAUUUCUAUGAGUGUACACUUUUAAAAUUAAAUAAAUCUAUCACGAGUUCAGACGUCUUAUAAAUGAAAGACAUUUAAAUCUUCGAGUUCUCCAGAUUUAAAGUGUAACGACAAUUCUGUGUUUGAAAAUGUGACAUCGGUUCGACCUUGUACGAGUAUUAAAGUGUUAAUGAAUAAAAAAUAAAUAAUAAAUAAAUAAUAAAAUUAUUAUGAUGCAACGGAGAAUUUUCGUGAUCUUGUCUAUAUUUACAUUUAUUACAAGUAGCGAAUCACAAUGUCGUCUGCCGGAAUCAGAGACCUUCGUGAGAUGGUCAGGUAUGACUCCGGACCAGGCAACACCUGUAUUUAUGUAUUCCGCUAGUGGGGAAGAAGAAUCUCUAACAGGAGCCUGCUUGAGCCGAUGCCGCGAGCUCACAGAUUGUGCUGCUGUCAUCAUUGUUUAUACUAAAGGAAGCUGUCAGGGCAUUUCUAGUUCACGGACAAAUCAGCUUCGACCGGAUAACGAAGUCGCUUAUUUUAACAAAGUAUGUCUAAAAUUGCCAGACAAUUGUAAGAAACUUUGGUGGGCGCUAGAGAGUACUCCAGGAUAUUAUUUGAAUUCUGAUGGACCUGAUGUCAAGGUCAUUGUAAACUCAACAGUUCAGGAUUGCUACAAUGCGAUGUUUUCUACAAACGAAAAACGAUACCGAUCGGCGCAAUGGAUCGAACCUGGAAGUCCGUUAGACAGUUAUUUUGUAGCACAAAAAGAGAUAGGGAAUUGUAUAUUAAAUGGAGAAAAUAAGUUCACUGAACCCGAGUCCUACCGAGUGUCAAACUCGUAUACCUUCUACAUAGAGAAUCAGUGCUCCCAUGAUUAUCCAAAAAAAAUUGACAGAUGUUCCUAUGAAGAAUAUUACAAUCAAACAGUCAAGCAUGUUGAUUUGACAGCGAACAAUUUCAGCAAAGACGAGUGUAAAACAGCGUGUGAGCAGGAAAAUCGUUUCGUCUGCAGGGGAUUCACUUGGAUAGCGUCUUCCUCUCGCGGUAUAUGUGAUCUCCACAGUGAAGACCUGGUCACAGCUGGCUCCUGGCUCCUCAGACGUGUAUCCGGGGCAUCGUAUUAUCGUCGCGUUAUAUGUCUUAACAUCAGCGUGGAAUGUUCACCGUCUCACUUGGUAGUGACAUACAGACCUCAUGGUAUGUUCCGUGGGAGGGUGUACGUCCCCGGGCGGGGUGAGCGUUGCAGUGCGAGGUCAUUGACACCGGCCUCACAUGUCCGCCUCGCGUUGCCUCUAUACGGCGAUUGUGACGUCAACUUCGCAUUCGCCAUCUCUAAAACACCAGCAGGCAUCGUUAAUAGAACUAUGGCGUACGUGAUGCUUAUGAUUCAGAACAACCCGAUCAUACAGACAGCGGGAGAUCGCUGGGUGAGAGUGGGGUGCUCGCCGGGAGACCGACAAGGGUAUACUAAAGUGGACGCCACAGUCGCUGUUCAGGAGUCGGGGCGUCCGUCUGUUGCGAGCGAAUCGGGCGAGGUGUCUGAUAAACUGGGUGCCAGCGCUGUCCUCGGGACAACGCCACCUCUCACUAUGUACGUGGUGAGAGCAACCGAAGACCAAGGGACGGGAGCCGUGGCCCUGGGAGAUCUGCUUGAACUAAGAAUAGAAACUACUGGAGAUUCUGAAAUUGAGGCGUAUCAUUUAGUAGCGUCUUCGAGACUUGGAGACAGUUCUGUGUUAUUGUUGGACAACAGCGGAUGCCCCACGGGACAGGUCGACUUCCCUUCAUUCAGUCGCUCUCGUUCAGGAGUGAGUCAGCGCCUCUUCUCCCGGUUCAAGGCUUUCCGUUUUCCUACGUCUCACGUAGUUCGCUUCGCUGUCGUUGUACGAUUCUGUCAAGAUAAAUGUGCUCCGAUCAACUGUGAAAUGUUGGAUAGACUCAGAGACGCGAGAGGCGCGAACGAGACUUACACGACUGAUUCAGAAGUAGCGGCGAGUGUUAAGGAGGAGACAUCAUGGCCGACGGGAGUGGUGGCGCAGGGAGGGCCGGUGAUGUGUAUAGGGGAGGGACAGGGUGAGGUGUUGGGGAUGGAGAAGAGAGUUCCCUUGGAACUGGAGUUAGUGGUGGGGGCGAGAGAUGUACUAUCAGCGGACACACUCGUGCGCGCCGACCACAGAAGUUCUCUACCGGAGGUAGACGUCAGCAGUCCCUUGGUGUGUGUGCACGAGUUAGUGUUGGUGUCGCUGAUGUUGGCGUGGCUUGCGGUGCAAAUACUGCUGCUGCUGGGCUGCUGCGUCCUUGUUAAACGAUACAGAAAUCUAGCAGAAAUGAAUAUGCAAAAAGACUACCAUUCGUUUGACAACAUUGGUUUUGACAACGUGUCAACACACAGGCGGGUUCAUUGGCCGGAUCAAAACAUAGAUAUAAUACAUACAAAUUAAGUUUUAUAUAAUAUAUAUUUAAGAAUUAAUUUUAAUUUUUCUUUGAAAUUGUGAUCAAUUUUGUAUGUGUAAAAAUGUAUGAAAUUUUACUGUCCUGUUCAUAAUCUUUUUCAAAGUAGUAUCGUUGGAACCAUCUGUCUCAAGUCGAGAAAGUUACCACUCAAAAAAGUUAAGUGUAGCUGGUGACGGUUUAUAAUUGAGAAGUAUAGUUGAUUUAAGAUUUCGUUUCUUCAUGUGGUUAUUGAAACUAAGCUGUAAGCGGUUAAAAACUGAAGCGAACACUUCAAUGGCUAUAAUAAAUAUAAAUAUAAUAUAGGAUUUGUUUAUUAAAAGAACAUACAGAAAACUUCAAAACUUCCAAAUUAUAUUCUACUUCAAAAACAGAAAACUUCAAAAAUAUAUUCUACUUUUGUUUUUUUUUUUUAUAUUGAUACUCAUUGUUCAGUUAACAAAAUUUAACUUUGUUACAUUUUGAAUUAUCAUAAAUGUAACUAAAGGAAUAGAAAAGCAAUUUAAUAAAUAUAAUAUUUUAUAAAUUUAAGUUUAUUUUCUACAGCAAACAGUAUCCCCAUUACGUACAUAAUCCAUAUAAUAACUACAGGAUAUAAAUCAUAGCACACAUAGAUUGAAGGAGUGGUCAUUUAUAAAGGAUACUUAUAUAUACAUAUAUGUACAUAUAUAUAUAUAUAUAUAUUUGUAUAAGUAAUAUCUAGAAGCGCGGGAACACAAGUUACUUACGAAAGUAUCUUCACACAUUUUGAAUGUGUAGGACAUGAUUGCGAGCAUUUUUAAAUACGUGAUUUAUACUAAGCCGGGCCUAUUACUAUCAUCAGUAUUUAUCACAAACUAUAAAUAUUUCGAUAUACGAUAAGAUUUCCUAGUUUAGUUUGUUUUUUUUUACAAUGGCUGAAAUUCGGAACAAAAGGUUUAAAAGAGUGUAAAUAAUAAUAAUAAAAAAGUUAUUUAUUACGAUUUCAUUCAAAACCUUA